GUUUUGCCGAAUUUUUGAUUAUCACUGAUUUUAGGUCUACCAGAUGGAAAUACUUUAUAGCGACUAAAUGAUAUUUAAUAUCAAUCAUGAGUCAGGAUGAUAAUGACGGGGCCCACCAUCGUACAAAGUCAUAGACUGAAAGUUCUAGAAUCUAACCAGAAUGGCCAGUUUCAUUGUCGGACGAUGCAGUACGUAGCUGGUGGUUUCUCGCGUAGUUUGUAAACUUCACUCAGUAAAACUUCUCCAUUUUAUAUGAGUAGUACCCCUGCAAAGUCCCAAAUGUGUAUGCAUGAAGCUACAAAUAUACUCGGAGACUGAACAGCAUAGCGUCAAUGAUCCUUGCUUCCUGGUCUGCCAGUAACCUCAAUUUAUUUUAGUGCAUGGAUCCCAUAUUUUGACGCCGGUCAGAUUUCAGCAAUUUUUUAUGUUACUCAUUUAUAAACUGUAUUACGUUCCUUUUUGAUGAGAAAAAAAAUAUGACAUUGCACGUAUACCAUUGCAGGAAGAGCAAUGAAUGACGCCGACAGAAGAUAACUAUAUACCGCAAGAUUAUUGUUAUUUUUUCUUAUAAAUAUAGACUAUUGUGCUAAAUUCGCGUGAAUGAAAUAAAAUGUGUGAAUUGAAAACUUACAUACAGAUGGUCAUCCAUUGCUAUUCAAGAUUUUAGAGGCCAUGGUCCUCGUGAAAUUUUGUGUUAUUGAUCAAAGAAACAAGGAGAGUAUGCCGCGAUGAUGGUAGUUGGCUACGUAAAUGACUCAGUGGGGAGAGAGCAUGCCCAUUCCUUUUUAUCAACAACCCAGUUCUUAGCCAAUUAGCUAGUUUUUAGGAAACGCAUUCUAAAAAGAUAAUAUUGCGUCUUUAUGGAUUAAAACACUGCCGUAAAUUUCAUUCGUCGUUAUUACAAGACUGUAAAAAACCCCUCAAAACUCAGACGUCAAAACAAGGUGGACAGCAGGGGCGGUUUCCCCUCUUGCCUUUUACGAGCAGGGGCAAGGAGGGCCCCUUGCUUUUACGAGCAGGGGCAAGGAGGCAAAUAUGCCCUUUUAUUUUUAGAAUAUUUAUACUUUAAGUAGCUAUAUAAAGAACAACACAUUUGUCUGGUGAAAAACUCCCAGACACCGAAGUUCAACAAACAAUGUUUUGCAAACAUUCUGAAUGUUUUGCAAACAUUCUUGUAUGCGCUGCUACAGAAGUGCCCAUUUCAUGAAAAUUUUGCGGUUCGCAUCCUUCCGGCGUCUCUAAUUUAAUCUAUUUUUAUUCAUAACAUGAAUUUCAAUGAAUAUGACCUUAAUUUUCGAAAAAUGCGGAAAAUUCGAAAAAUCUUUUCUUUUUAACAACUUGACAACUCUUUUAUAAAUGAUAUGAUUGACUUUCUACAAAAUCCCUCUUUCGUUUAUCCGCCAUCCGCUAGCUUACUACGCAUGCGCGUGUAUGUUGCUUCAUCAGCAAUGAAAAGUGAAAAGAAAUGACCAAGCAAAAUAAUAAAUAGAUCAUGAUUUCAUGAUGGCACAAACAUGGAUGCAGCUUGUUUUACGUACGAAGGGCUGCCUGUUUUGAUAGCCCAACAGCCAUGCGAUUAUAAACCACCGGUAUGGAUCCUUGGCAAGCAUUAUGAUGGCAAAUAUGAAGAAAUUCAAAAAGCUGUCAAGGCAUGUCUUUGGUUCACAUAUAGAAAAGGGUUUCCAGCAAUUGGUGGAACUGGUCCCACAUCAGAUUCAGGAUGGGGUUGUAUGUUAAGAAGUGGUCAAAUGAUAUUUGCUGAAGCGUUAAUUCGCAGACACUUAGGAAGAGACUGGGAAUGGCAACCUAAAGAUAAAAAAAAAGAAUAUAUGAUGGUAUUGAAAUCAUUCUUGGAUAAAAAGGAUAGUUUUUACUCAAUACAACAAAUAGCUCAGAUGGGUGUUUCUGAAGGAAAAGCUAUAGGUAGUUGGUUCGGACCAAACACUGUUUCCCAGGUUUUAAGGAAGCUUGCACAAUUUGAUGAAUGGAGUAAAAUUGUUGUUCAUGUUGCUAUGGAUAAUACAAUUGUUAUAAAUGACAUAAGAUGUCUCUGCAAGGCACCUUUCAAUUCGCCAGAGAAAGAAUCAGAUGCAAGUGAAAAUCAUCCGGGAACUGAAUCAACUACAGCACUUCGGAACAGACAUCAAACCGCAUGCAAUUAUACUCCAGACACAGAAGAACAUGAAGAACCAUUUUGGAAACCAGUUGUCCUAUUCAUUCCACUUCGUCUUGGUCUUACCAAUAUAAACAUGAUAUACGAGUCUGCACUAAAGAAAUGUUUCUGCAUACGUCAAUCUUUGGGCUGUAUUGGUGGAAGGCCUAAUCACGCAUCAUAUUUUAUUGGAUAUCACGGGAGUAAGUUAUUGUACUUAGAUCCACACGUUACUCAAAAUACAGUAUCCGAGAGUGAAAAUAUUUCUGACGAGACCUACCAUUGCUGCAUUUCACCGCCAUUGAGUAUGAACAUUUCAGCAAUUGAUCCUUCGUUAGCAUUGGGAUUUUAUUGUGACACGGAAAUUGAAUUCAAUGAACUUUGUACUUCUUUGAAAGAGGUAAACAAAUCAUCGCCACGCCCUAUCUUUGAAAUAAUUGAAAACCGACCUCCGCAUUGGCCUCCAUAUGAGUUACCCAGGCAACCAAAUGUUGACGGAGCUCACUUGGAAUUUGUAACCGUUCAGUCAGAAAUCUCCGACAUUGACGAAGAAUAUGAAUUCAUCUAAUAAAAUUAUAGUAUUUAAAUUUUCCUAGAGAAAGAUAUUUUCAUGUUUCGCCAAUAAUUAUGUGUUAGUGAUAUAGACUGAAAAUAUUUCCUUUCAUUGUAAA